CGUCUCAGCUCAUUGCGCGUCCACACAUCGCGGCGUGCAGUUCGCCUUUUCGCGCUUCAACUGUCUUUCUUCCGUACUUCUUUACUGGUAUUCCACUUCACUCCAGUUCGGUUAAGUUGCGUUCGCAAUUCAGUUCAGAUUUUUUGUUUGCCAGCUCUUGAUGUUUGUCGUCGCAGCGCGUAAGUCCGCGUAAUUCAAGUGUCAACAUCAUUUAAAAAUUUACCACGAUUCUUCGUCGGGCGAUUUUUGCAACCAAAAAAAAGACGCUUUAAUGCGCGAAAUUGUUUAAAUUUGGUUUAUUUAAUGCUGUGCGUUUUUUGAGAUUGUGAAAAAAUUGCAAAUUACCGUUUUGCGAGUUGUGCAUUACCAAUAAAGGCAGUGAUGAGUGGCGGCACAAUUAGGAGGUGAUUAUAAAGUAAUAAAAUCAAUUGAACCGGAAUACAAAGAAAAUCAUAAAAUACUAAUUUAAAUACGUGAUUAAGUCAGCAACGUGUUAAUACGCUUGCAAAUAAUAACAGCAACAACAAGAAAUAAUAAUCAUAAUCAAAAUAAGUGAUCUACAGUGAACGCGAAAGCACGCACUGAAUACGCAAAACCAACAACAACAGCAAUUCAUUGUGAUUUUCUGAACGCAAGUGAAAUUGCGCACAACAACAAGUGCUAAAAACAAUAACAACUACGCUUAAGUCUAGUGAAUUUUAAUUGCAAGAAAACUCAGCAUACGCGACGCCCACAAGUGUGAAAAUGGCCACGACAAUGCAACAGAGUGCCGCGCCGGCGAAUGCAGCCACAAAUCCGCAACUGAAGCGCAUUGUCUACUCGAAAUAUCGCGAACUUUUGGGCUCCUACAACGACAAGGCGAAUGCAAUUAUCGAAACGCUGCCCGCUUAUAUGGUGCGCGAGGAUCGCGGCUUCCAUUGUGAACCCAGCAGCGCGGUGACUGCGACAGUAACCGCGGCAGCGCCAGCAACAGUGGCGUCGAAAACCAUUAUAAGCAUACCAGCGAGAUCAACAAUAACAACAACAAUUACACCGCCAAGUCAGCACAUAACAGCAACAAUUGCUGGCACAGCAGCGCCAGCCGCACACACGAAUGGCACGGCGCCACCGAAUUGCGCGGCGGCAGCGCUGCUACGACAAGUGGCCGCGGCGGCGGCCGCAGCAGCAGCGGCACAGGGUGAACGUGUGAGCGAAUUGUAUGGCGGCUCCGCUCAACGGGGCUACGAAGCGCCCGCCUGCGUACAGAAUGCAAUGGUGACAAAAGACAAGAAGCCAUUCACCUACACACCGGGCGGCAUUGAUCUCUCACAAAUCAAAUCGGAGCGCAUGGCGAAGCGUUUGGCGCGCAACGCACAAGCCGAAGGCGCCACGGGCGCCUCACAACAAAACAGACCGACACAGCCGCAAUCGCCAGGCAGUGGCGGCAAUGCUGCUUCGCAAAUCGGCGCCGCCGGCAUGGGUAUGCCGUUCCAGGUGCUGCCACCGCCGCCACCACCAGCGCCAAUCGGAGUAGCGGGUAAGAAAUUGAAUGGCACAUCGGCACCGCCACCACCACCACCACCUAGCUCCUCCAAUACAUUAGCACCACCACAGAAUGGCGGUGGACCGGGUAGUGCGCCCGGUUCGCCCAACGCGCAACGCAAGUCGCCCACACCGCAACGUUUCGAACCGCCACCAUUGGGUUUCCGACCGGAAAUCAAAAUACCGCCAAAUCCAAUGGCGGCAUUGCGCAAAGUACCACCGCCGGUGGAGAAGAAUACCUUCUGGAAGGAUGAGUAUGUGCGCGAUCGCUCCAAGAGUCCCAUGGUGGGUGAAAAUGAUCGUGCUAGUUCACCGAAUACCGCCGCUAAUGGUCAUGCCGUUAGCGCCGGUUGCGGUGAGCCAGCUACGGUCAGUCUUAACAACAAUGUGAACAACAAUAACAACAACGAUGUCAACGAACAUGUCGAUGGUUAUAAGAAACCAACAACGACUACCCAGCAACCUGAACUUAACUACAACAGCAACAACUCCACUCAACAACAACAAUACACACCGCCUCAACCCACGUACUCACCAUCCUAUCAGCCAUUGCAGCAGCAACAGCAACAACAGCCUCAAUAUAACAACAUCACACCACCCUUGUCGGUUGCAACGCCAUCACAACCGCAACCGCAGCAGCAACAACAAUCGCCACGCCCUGAGUUCCGUAGCGUUGCACCGCCACAAUCGCCAAGUGUCCAUGUCUACACGCGUCAAACGGACAGUCCACGUGCUGAAAGUGGCACACCGCCACAACGCGCCACCGAUAGUCCCUUCCGAUAUGGCGGUCCACAACCACUGCAGCAGCAGCAGCAGCCACCGCAACAACAACGCGCUCCACCAGCUAUUUCACCGCUAGCACAGCAGCAACCAUCAAAGCUGUAUACUUCAUCACCGACCGGCGCUGGAGCCCCAGCACAGCCAACAACAGCCAACACUUCUCCCAACUCACAGCCAGCGGCACAAACUGUGCCCUGGCGCACUCAACGUACUCCGACGCAACAACAGCAACCACAGUCGCAGCCACAAACGACUGCGAUAUAUAACAAUGUCUCGCCACAACAACAGCAGCAAACUCAGCCAGCUUCGGCCUAUCAGGGCCCCAAGCCGUCCAAUGUCGGCUCGCUCUAUAUUGCGCCCCUGGCAGCACCUACUGAGCCGCAGGCACCCAAUGUUGUGCGUCAAUUUCAGCAACAACAACAGCAACAGCAAGCACGCGAAUCACCAAUUCGUCAAAUACCCCAACAACAACAAACAUCACAGCAACAACAAGCACAGCCUUUACGCUCCACGGUGCCUUGGCUGAGCACAAAGCCGAAGGCAAACGAUCAGCCAGAAUGGGCGCGUCCCGAGGAAAAUGGCAAUGUGGUGCCUUCGUCGCUGAAUCGCAUUAAGUCGCCGCCGCCACCACAGUCACAACAACAACAGCAGCAGCAAGUAUACUAUCAACAACCACAGCAACAACAACCGCAACCUCAGCUCUACGGCUAUCAGCCUGAGCAGGGUAACGGUUUUGCUGUAGCAGCACCCACGAAUUUCGGUAGCCAUGGCAUUGGCAGCACUGGCUUACGCCUGCAAAUCAAUGCCAACCCUAUUGUCAAUAAUGCGGCAACUCAACAAACUGGUCCAAGGGAACGCAUCAUACCCAUCCAGUUGGAGCAGACACCGACGAAUACUACAUCACAGCAACCGAACUUCAAUGUCAGCUAUGGUGGCAUCACUACUGCACCGAGCAGCUAUGUGGUGCGUUCGCCCAAUCAAUUCGUUGAUCAAGGUUACAACAAUUUCCCAUCCUCAGCUGGCGCCAAUCAACAGCCAUCAGCUCAGCGUGUGAUGUCGCCAACACAGCAACUGAAUGCUCCACGCAUUGUACAACAACAACAGCAAUAUACGAAUAACAACAACGGCGCUGGUGGUGGCGCUAAUCGCUCGCGCGUCAUACCCAUCGCUAUGGAGGGUGAGGGCACACGUGGCCCCAUUUCACCAUCACCAAUCGUUUUGCAAAAUGAAAACUACAAUCUGGUAGUUUACGAUUGUCCACUUGAGGCGGAAAUACGGUACAGAAUGAAUCGUCUCAGCGAUCCACGCUCGUCACCCAUACAAUCGAAAUCCUUUAGAAUUUUGCAAAAAAUCACUGACACUAUUGACGACGGUAGCGGCGAUGAUAGGAAAGCAGAAAGCCAUGUCGACGUAGAGCCACAAUUACAACGACCACAAUACGCGAGACAAAUGAGCGCCCAACAGGCGCGUCAACAACCGAAUGUAGAGCAAAUGAGACGCAUGCAAAUCGCCGCCGAACCACAGCAGCAGCAGCAACAGCAACAGUCACAAGCGCCACAGGCAUGGAAUCAAGGUAAUGCUUUUAAAAGCUCACAGCAGCACACCAUUUACAACAAUAACAAUGACAUGCCACAACCAUAUAUCCACCCUAGUGAACAGCAAGUACCCGAACCGAAAAAAUACACCGGUAGCGCAAUACCAAGUCGAUCGUUUAAAAUUUUGCAAGCGAUGACAACACCAGAAAAUGCUGCCGAGUUGGCAGCUACAGAUCGUGUUGAAUUGAACGAAACCCCUUUGAAAGCCAAAGAAAAUGAAAGCAAAAAUAUUUCUAAUAAAAAUUGUACUGAAUAUGUGAAUGAAUAUAAUGAAGGCACAUCCGAAACCACAAAUACCCAUAGCACAACACAUGCACCAUCCACCACAUCAUCCUCAUCCUCUAUAUCAUCGCUCAGCUCCGAUUCUUGCAACUAUCCCAUACCCAAACAUCCUUACCCCGCCUAUGGCUAUGCAUAUCCAUAUCCCUGGUAUCCGCCGCCAAUGCCACCGACUAACGGUGAGGCAUAUCCGGCAUGGCCGUACCCAUAUAGCAUGCCUCCACCACCACCACCACCCUCAACACAGGUACAGACUAAUGAACAAAGCGGCGAUGCCGCGUCGCAUACUCCAUAUGCCACACACUAUCCUUACUAUUAUCCUUACUAUCCCCCACCGCCGCCACCAGCACACAACCCUUAUGCUUAUAUGCAAACGCCCCGUGCUCAAACCCCAAAUGAAUUUGAUUCGCAAAAUGCUUAUCACGAAAUUAAUGCAAGCGCCGCAUAUCCCGCUUAUGUGCCGCCAUACCCAUACCCUUACCCGGUAGCGCCUAGCUACAGUCAGAGCACGACGUCGAGUCGCGCUAGCAGUGUAUUGCCCGACAUCAUUGUUACGCCCAGCACGGAUGAUAUGCCCUCACAGGUUAUAUUGCAACAUCACAUAAAAAUCGAAAAAAGUGAACCGCCAAAGCGCAAUGAUGCUGUCGUGAUCGAAGAGGUCGCUACGAGUGACAAUGAGAUGAGGCCGCCAGAGUUGAGGCGCGAACAACGUGAGGGUUCCGUUAUUGAUAUGUUGUCACAACGUUUGGCGAAUAUGUCCAAAGUUGUCGAACAUAAUCUGAAUAUGAGCAAAGAUGUCGAGAAGAACUAUGCCGGCGAGCGUGAUAAGGAUUUCGGCGAAAAAUCACCGACGGAUAACGCAUCGCCAGUACCGGUAGGUAUUGUAACUUUAGCUUCGGAGACCGAAGUGAGUUCGGACUCCGAAAGCAGCAGUGAUGAGGAUUCGGAUGUGACGCCCAAAUGUGUCGAAACGAAUGGCUUGCAGGCAAUAAAAUCUGUCACAAAUAUACAAAUCUACAAGAAUGGUAAUAUAAACAUAAACGAAGUCGAUGAUGAAGACGAUGUGACAACGGCUGACGGCGAGAGCGAUAUCUUCGAUGAGGAUGACAAUGAAGAAGAUGUCGCUGAGGAGCUUGAGUUGGAUGAAUAUAUUGAGGAAAACGAUGAUAUGGACUACGAUAACCUGAGUGUCAUCUACGAAGAGGAGAGUGAAAUUGAACAUAGCAGCGAUAAGCCGAAUACAAUCAUACAACGUGAUGGUUCUAAUGCCAGUGAUGCUACAACAGUUGAGCGUGACGACGCUGUCGAGCAGCAAAUUGAGGAGAAUGACAACAAUGACGACGCAGAGGAGGACUCCACCUCGGUUACCGUACGUUUACCAUUAAAGUUCUCAUUCAACGAUGAGAAUGUAGCCACUGUGGAGGUCGGCAAAUCACAAAUUGAAGAAAGACGCCAUAGCACGUCUUCGGAAGGUAAGCGCAGCACUGCAUUUGUCAUUGCGGAACCUCAAAAUGACUCCGACAAUGAAGCAGGAGGAGCUUAUGAGUACGAUGAUGAUUGUGAAGUAAGUGUAACGAUAAGCUUGAGUGGGUCUUCACGUUCGAGUUCAAUGGAACGCAAGCCCGACGGACGACGCGUCUCAGCAGCAUAUCCAAUUGAAGAGCUACCAACACCAGAGCCGCCAAGCGCAGCAUCGAGUAACGAAAACGUUUCGGUGUCAUUCUCAAUAAAUGCGCGCAACAAAUUUAUGGGUCAAACUAUCAGGGAUGAUGUGACCAAUAAUAUAGCGAUGUUGAAAAGUGUGACGCACAAAGAGACCAUACAGGAAAAAGUAAAAGAAGAAAUAAAGGAACCAGAUAUAAGUACGAAACAAAUAAAAGAAGGGCCAGUGAUGAAAGAAGAGCCUGUGGCGAAAGAAUCAGUUACGCCAGUAAUUCCGUCCGACGAUUUGGACUUCUUUGCUACACUACGUGCAACUAAGCUGCAAGCGCAGAAAAUGAUGGAGACAUCAGCGAACUAUUGGGGCAAGUUAAAGGAAAAGGAGGAACCCAAAAAGGAAGAAGUAAAGGAGGAAGUUGUCGUCUCAACUACAACAGAGCCCGACCCAGAGGUGGAUGAUAUUUGGGCUGAUAGAAACGAGGAUUUACCGAAGCCGGUGCCGAAAUUAAAAUUAGCCGAUGCUAAAGACGAUUUCUGGUCCACAUUUGCGGCGGCAACGCGAAAAACACACGAGGAAAUGCAAGCAGAAGAUGUUGUUGUAGAAAAAAAGUCGGUAAACACAGAUAUCAAGAAGGAUGAAGCCCCUGCUCAGGUCCAUGCUGGCCGUAAGGUCACAUUUGGAGACACGGUAGAUAUUAAAAACAAGGUAGAAACUGUAGUCGAGUCGGAAGAAGUUGACUUUUGGGCAGAGAUCGAAAAAUCCAAGGAAACUAAGACAACUGAAAAGAAAACCAAACUCAAGACCGAAAAUGCAUACGAACGUAAAGAAAUAAGUGAAGUUAUGCAUAGAUCAAACACUAUGAAGUCAUCCACUAAGGUUCUACCAACAGCGCUACAAGCAGAUUUGUAUACACCGCCUCCAUCACCACAGGUAGAAGAAGAGUCAAUCGAGAGUGAGGACGAUGAUUCAGAAGCAGAUGAAGAAGAGGUUCAGUAUGAAAAAGGGAAUGUUAGCAGAAAACUGUCUCAACCAAAAGCACCAGUGGAGGAGAAAGAAGAUGAGGAAGACUUCUGGGCUUCUGUGGAAAAAGCUAAAGCCGCAAUUGGCACAACAAAACAAUACUCAACUUACGACAAAGUAGAAGUUCCAUCAGCACAAACGGUUGUUGAAGAGAUCGACUUUUGGGCUGACAUUGAAAAGAACAAGAAUAUUACAGCUACAACGAAUGAGUUAUCAACACUCAACAAUGUAGAGGCUCCUUCAGUCCAAGCCGUUGUUGAGGAAGUCGACUUCUGGGCCGAUAUUGAAAAAAAUAAGAAUAUUACAACUACAACGAAUGAGUUAUCAACCCCCAACAACGCAGAGGCGACUUCAGUCCAAGCCGUUGCUGAGGAAGUUGACUUCUGGGCCGAUAUAGAAAAAAAUAAGAAUAUUACAACUACAACGAAUGAGUUAUCAACCCAUAAUAAUGUGAAGUCUUCCCCAGCCCAAGAGAUUGUUGAGGAAGUAGACUUUUGGGCUGAAAUUGAAAAUAAUAAGAAUGACAGAACUACAACAAAAAAAGUAUCAGCAAUCAACAACGUAGAAACUCCUUCAGCCCAAACGGUUGCUGAGGAAGUCGACUUCUGGGCCAACAUAAAAAAUAACAAAGAACAAAUUGCCACAACUGAACCAUAUUCAACAACCAACAAUGCAGUGGCUCCUUCAACACAAGCCGUUGUAGAAGAAAGCAAUUACUGGGCAAACAUUGAAAACAAUACCGAAACAACGCAGACCCCUCAACAUAUCUAUGAUCCCACACUUUACCCCGAAGAACCACGUGAAGUUGAUACCGAUGAAGAGAUCGAUUUCUGGGCUGAAAUCGAAGCUAAAGAUCAAGACACGGACGAUGUUAAUUUCUAUAAAUCUGCAUCUUUCUGGGCCAACCGUGAGCGCCAUAAUUCUGUCGAUGAAACACCUUAUUCUAAAGUGUUAACUAAACCAUUCCCUGCUAACUUGCCCGACGAGCCAACUGUAAACGUGGGUCUAUGGGCAGCAUUAGAAGCCGCGAAAGGUGAAGAACCCGAAUACAUUGACCCAGCUGUGGAGGAAGAGAAGGCUCUAGCAGCACAAUUUAAUGAGAUCCCAGUGGAAGAAGACGCAGUAGAUAAAGCAGAAAACUUUGAAGAUAUCAAUAAAAGCUCAAGUGACAUUUGGGAUGUAGCAUCUCUACACGAACCUGUUGUGGCAAAUGUUUGGGCGCCACCGGUAGAGACCAAUGAGCUUAGCAAGCCAUACCAAGAUCUCGAACAAUGGAUACAUAAUAACGAUAAUAAUGAAAAUACCGAACCGGUGGCGGAGGAGCGCACUAAAACUGAACGCGUUGAAGAGACAGAUGAGGCAAAUGUCAAACGCAAUAAUUACCGUAAAGCUAUGGCCUUCUUCACUACGUCUAUUGAUGAGCAGAAGGAAGUGAACGCCGAGAAAAAACCAAGAAAAGGCCGAUCUUCAAAUAGAAACUCGCUAGUCGGGACAGAAAACGCGAAUGUAAAUGAAAAAGAAAGCAUCGAAAAUGCAGUAAACAACUAUUACAAAGAAACCCUUGAACAAUCCACAGCAAGAGGCAAGAGUGUCGGGCUCGACAGCUUCUGUACUGAAAAUAGCCUACAACAAACCAUAAAUCAGACUAGAUGUAAAAGUGUAGGUGUGGAAAUAACAAGAAAUACACUGAACACAGAUGUUGAUACCGAACCGUACACCACGGAAGUGUUUACGGAACGCAAUAAAACACCAACAAACUUCGAGCAGACCUUACCCGAGGUUUAUGUGGAGCCCAUUGUAGAGAGAAAGCUUUUACCUAACGGUUUACCUGAUUUGGGUCUUAAGAAGGAAGAGGUUAAGAUUUCAGUACGCGAUCGAAUCUCUGCUUUCGAAACUGGUGCGGUGGAAACGCCAACCACAGCAAAGAAAACUGACGAUAGCAAAACACACUCACUCUCGGUAGAGAGCUGCACACCCAGAGGAACGCUGUCGCGUAACAGUUCACAACGUUCCGAGUCGGAAAUUGAGGAAGAUGACUCCGGUGUAACGGAUAUGAAUAAACCACUUUCCGAAACUGACACCGAAUCCGAAAGCUUCCCCGAGCUGCGUAAAAUGAGCAGCUAUCAACGCGCCGCCACACAUUCCAGACUCUUUAAGCUGCUGCAAGACGACAACGAUCCGCUCGAAGACGAAAAACUAAGCAAAGAGCUCGCCGACGAAUAUCACUUCAAACCAAGCCGCCGCAAGAUCGUACACAAUGUAUCCAUCACACGUCGGCAGAAUCCGAAAGCGCUUGCCGAUGCCGAAACCAUGACACAACGACGCGAACGACUCUCACUGCCACUACGUAAAAACACCAGCAUCGAUGCGGAUAAUCCCUCGACACCCAACAGUCCAGCCUCACCGAUUAUGGGACAACCGUCCAGUAACACUAGCGUCAGCGAUAAACUAGUCAAUGAAUUGGUGCAGAGUCUGCUAUUGAAACGCGAUAGCAGCCAUUUGCGUCAAAUGCCCAUGGAAAAGCUGCAGGCAGCUGCCAAACGUGUGCUUGAAGAGGAGCUGGACUCAUUGGAAAAUACAUCGGUCGAGACGACACCGGCGCUCACACCAAACGACAUCAAAAACGACAAAAGCUAUGCCGACUACUAUGAUACAUGGACGCACGCGAACGGCAGCGUCGUGGACGGCAUGCCCCCAAAAGCGUAUCGCGCUAUGCAAGAUGCGCAGCGGCGUAGUCCUUGGUCCGUGCGUUGUCCACGUGUACUCAGCUCGAAAACGAUAAAUCGCGAUUUGGCGCGUGUAACCGAGUCGCCGGAGAUUUUCGCACGAAAUAGCAAAAGUCCCGACUGUCUCUCGCAAUCGCGCGAGGGCUCGGUGAGUCGUUGGCGCAAAGUUUAGCGAGCUCAUUAGGGUGGCGGCACAUACACAACGGGCGAGCGUCGUCAAAACUGGGGGAAAUCGUAAAUGCUUAAGUAAAAUAGCUGUUUAAAGUAUAGUUGUAGGAAAAUACAAAUAACGGUGAUGCAAAUUAAAAAUUUGAAAUGAAAUCUGUUGUGAAAGGCGGAAUGCGCUUCUGGUGCAUGGCACCAAAGUAAUCUAAAAAAUCAAAAAUUAAAAAAAAAAUGUCUCAUUGCGACAGCUGCGCUGUAGGCAAGAGACACACAUAUGCAAGCCAACAAUUUAAUAAAUUUACUAGUUUUUUUAUUAGCUGGGUGGUAGCACCAACUCGCACAGUUCAAGCAACCCAAACACUGCCUUUUUGUACUCAGUUAAUGGAAAAAGUUUAAACAUAGCAAAGUUGGCGCAUAGAGUGUGCUCAACUUUGAAUUUAUUGUAAAUAAAAGUAAUUUUAAAUAUUUCAUAAAAACAUAAAGUGAUAGCCGCGUUAAUCUUUUUUUUAAUGCAAAACACUUUUGUAAGCAGAAUUUUACAUUUAGCCAGCCAGAUUUUGCAUUUUGCCGAAUCAUUCAUGCUCUCAAAAUAACCCAACCAGACCGCACAGUCACACAAAUCAUACAAACAUAAAAAGUACACAUUUCUGCCAAAAACAAACGAAUCAGCAAAAUAAAAAAAUAAGAAAAAUUAACAGUAAAUAAAAAAUAAAAAUUGUAAAAUCUGCAACAUUUCGAGAAAAAAUCAAAAAAUAUAAAAAUUAACUAAAACACCAGCAAUAAUACAGUCGACCAGCAAAAAAAAACAAAGAAAAAUCGUUCAUUCGUUCGUUCGUUACCUCAGUGCCUUCAUACAAGCACACAUACAUGCACACAUGUGUAUAUCGUGCAAAAUCACGUACUACACACAUACUUCUAUGUAAAUAUGUACAGAGCUAAAUCGAGAAAAUAUCGUUAAAUCGUCCAACCAAUCAAGUCAUGCAAUCAAAAAACACCUCAGUCAAGUGUAAAAAUUGUAGGUCAGUCGUAAACAGCCAAACACACACACACAAGCGUACGCACAAAGAAAAAGCGCGUAAACAGCAAUUCGGCCGUCUUUUGUAAAUUGCGAAACCAAAAUUUAUCAUAAAACGUUAAACCAAAAAUUUUCUUCUUCAACGAACAAAGUAUUUUGCCAAGCUCAUUCAAAAUCCUAAGGGCCUGGACAAUCAGAUCUAUAAUUAUUUCUCAUUCUUAUAGAAAUUGGUUAUAGAUUUUUUUAAAUGAAUAUAAAGAAAUAAAAAUUUCGUUUAUAUAUAUUUUUUGUCCAACAUUAGUACAUUAGUGCUUACUAAGACGACAUUAACACUUUGGAGUUUGGCGAUGAAGUAUAAUUAUAAGCCCUAAACAGUUUUUGGGGGGACUAACGGCAGUUUAUGAAUAACGAAUUAUUAAUCACUUAAAAACUUAAGCAAAAAAAGAUGUUUGAAUUGUACGCUAACUGAGGGGGGGUGAAACAUAUUUGAAAUGUUAAACUUUUUGUUUGCACAAGAGAACGAUAAUUAUUAAACAACAACAACAAACAGAAGCAUAUAAAAACAAAGGCAGGUUGAAAAAGGUAACGAAA